CGCUCAAGUGAUUUCAAAACAAAUUCAACAUGGCUACGCAGUGGAUACCACCGCUUCCCCCGGGUUUUGAAGCUCGGUGGGAUCCUACCCAAAGGGCUUAUUUUUUUAUUGACCACACCAACAAGACCACCACAUGGCAGGACCCCAGGUUUCCACCCAGUGGCCCAGUUCCGCCUCCAGUGACCCACCAGGCAGCCGCUCAGGUUGGAGCUACCACCACCAUUGAGAGCUCUGACAGUUCGUCGAGUGAGGCGGAGGAAGAGAACUUUGACAACCUUUUCGCUUCCUCUACUGAUAAGACAUCUGAAGGAAGUGAAUUUCAGAAGAAAGUAAAGGAAAUACUGACUGAAUUUCCAACAGCACCAGAAAGUGCAGUAGCUGAGUUGCUGAGGAGCAAUAACAACAUAACAGCGAGAGUCAAGAACAAAUUGUUUGAUAAAGGAUACAAGCGGGUGACAAAAGCGGACAAUGUGAUUCCUGACAAGAAGGCUCCGCAGGAGGAGAAAGUGGACCUUAUGAAGCUUCAUCAGCUCAAGCAGUCGUUUCCAGCAGCACCGGAGGACGUGAUACAGAAACUCCUGAAAUCGCACCAUAACAACACUGUGAGGGUUUCUAACGCCCUACAUGAGAUGGGAUACAAGCGGGCGGAGGCCGUCAGUCAUCCGGAACCCAGGCGGGUAGAUAUCCUGGAACGUGUCCGUGCAAUGUAUCCUGACACUGACAAGGAAGUGAUUGAUUCUGUCUUUAAAUCUUGUGAGGGAGAUGAGAGAACCAUGAGGCAGGUUCUGGAUCGCAUGGGCUACAAACCAAAGUUCCCUGAGACCCACCGCAACCCGUCCGCCAAGGGGGAAAGGAGCACAAGCCCUGCUAAGGGAAAAGUCCCUAUGAAACCUGCCCAAAGGGAGACCACUCCAAAGAAACAGGAAUCUCCAGCUAAAGUAGCGCCCCCUGCUGAGCCAGAAUUGUCUAUUGGCCAGAAAUCCCAGUUGGUGUCCAAGCUUCAGUCCCUGUACAAGGACCUGGAGAAGUCGGUGAUAGAGAUGGCCUGCGAGGUCUGCAAGUGGGACGAGACACGCGCCAAGAACGUCCUGGAACUAAUGAAAGAUGACAUGAGCAGACCAGUGACAUCCACAUCGCGACCUACGACCUCCCAGACCCAGAGGUCACCAAGCCCAAGCCCCGCACCCUUGAGCCCAGCCAGCCUGGAGCCCGUCAGCAUGAUGCAUGAUGAACCCAGCAGACCUGGUACUUCAACAUCAUCUGCAAGUUCGAAAACCUACAUGAAGGCGUCUGACUUUACAUCUCGCGCCUCUAGCGCCAUGGGAACUAAGGUCAGCAUCCAGAAACCUGCGCAAGGAAAAUAUACUGGCUCGCAGUCGAAAUCCAAUGUAGCUACGACAGGCUCGCAGUCGAAAUCUCAAGUAUCUACGACAGGGUCGCAGUCGAAAUUACACAUAGCUAUGAGCUCGUCUUCCCAGCAGACGAGAUUGAACACUGGUGUGUCUGCCGCAUCUUCGCCCACUACGCAGCACACAAGAGCGAAACAAGUCACGCAACCAGGUCCAAAACAGCCAGUGGUCUCCCAGCAACCACAAAGGCCCGUCUACAUUUCUGCAAACAGAACCGAGGCCAAAGGUCCAGACCCGUCACUGCAUGUGGGGCCGAAUAAAGGGCUUCUCUUAACCGAUUACACAAAGGCCAACGGGCCAAACCCGGAGCUGAGACAAGGGCCUGACCCGGGCAGAGUUCAUGGGUCACAAGGGGCUGUGGGCUCAGACAGAUCCCUGUCCUGUGGGCCCCAACACCACCUUGUACAUGGCCCCAAUACUGACCUCCGACAGGUGGCGUAUGUGUGAACAUUGCUGCAGUGAACAUGAAUUAAUAAUCAGUGGAUUCUGCGGAAUUAUGUAACUCUUGAAUGCAAUUAAUCUUUAUUGUAUACUAUCCUGCAGAUUAAGAUAACUGCAAUUUACUUGAAUUGAAUAAAAAUCCUAGGAAUUAAGAGAAAAUUAUUUUUGUACAAUUCAUUAAUAUUUUAUUACUAUUUGCACGUUCAAAAUACUAAACUAGAACAGGUUGCGUAUGUAUGAACAUGGCUGCUGUGAACAUAAACUGAGCCUCGUUCUGGGAAAAUGGGGCUUAAUGCAUGUUUUUCAAGUGUUUUCCCAGAUUAACAGGUGCAGUCUGCACAGGCUUAUCAGGGAAGUACUUUCCGCUUUAACUUGAUUUUUUAAAUAAGACACUUGCUUUAAACAAAC